GCGGGGCUUUCGAAGCGUUUUCGGUUCUGCCCUUGUACCAUUUCAUUUUCUAAAUAUGUCGAAAUUCAGCUACGCUACCUGUGUAUUUACAUGUCGCUAAACUACAUCCGGUAGUUUCUAGCUGGUCGCUGACGACAAUGGCCGAAGUGGAGAGAAAGCGCUUCUCAUCUUGUCUGCCAGAGGUUGAGACGGAGCGAUUUCCGUCAAGUGUUUCAAAAGCAAAAACAAAUCGUCUGAGUAGAAGUUUCAGACAAAGUCAGCAACCACAACAUCCACCAAAAGAAACAGACUCGCCAAAGACGAGCCACAUUGAUUUUAAGACCCCAACACGAAGGCCAAAGUCCAGAUACUGCGAGGGUUUCACUAUUGAGUCUCCACUCAGCGAGUAUGAGUUUCAACAAGACAUAAUUUGGGACGCCACCUCUCCCUCACCUGUCAGAAGAGGCAAAAGAGGUAAGGGGCUUUCAAAAAAAGGAAGCAUCGUGGACAUCUCAGAGAUAGUCAGCAGGAUCGCUCCCAAGCAUGGCAGACCAGAGGUAGUAGAGCCAACUCUACAGCAGUGGAUUGGAGACAGUGCUGCUAUCCCUUGCACUCCAGACAUACAACUUUCCAGGCCUAGAAAGAAAUUGGCAAGGCCAAAUGGAGUUGAUGAUCUCUUGAAGCUUGCCAAACAGUUUGAUUUACAAAUGUUUCAGCAAGAUGCAGAGGAAGCUGAAGAUAGCGGCCCUCAGCUGUUGUUUGCUAAAACUUCCCAACCAGCCAAAGAUGUGGUCAGUGUAGUUGGUGGCAAAGAUUGCCCAAACGACUUAACUCAAGAUCACCAUUUGGAAGAUGAUCUGAACAUUCUUUUUGAUGGUCCAACCCAGCAUAUCAGUGGAAAUUUGAGUCAGGUUCCUCUAACUCGUUCUUUAGAAGUAACACCUGCCUCCACAGAGGUACCCAAGAGAGAUUCCUGCCCAGAGCAUGGUCCAACUUUGACUGUACCUGUAACAAAUGCCCCCUUGCUGCUUGAAGAUGUAGAGGGCUGGGAAAAUGAUUUCUUAAACGAUUCUUUGCUCUUUGAGAUGACCCAAAACCCACAGAACUUUUCCCCUCCAAGGCACUCUUCAGCUCAGAGAGGACCAAAUGAAACAGGUUAUCAGAGGGAUGGUCAGUUGGGUGUUCAUACCACUGGCGUUGCAAGAAGUCCCAAAAGAAAACAGGAUAGCCAAUCAAUUGUUUCUAAAAUGGAGAAGAAAAACGCUACACCAAGAAUAAGCUUCAUAUUGGAAGCCAACCCUGCUUUUCGAGUCACGAAAGACCUUUUAGAUGCAUCAACAAACCACUUCUCUGUCUCAGAUCAUGGCACAACUGCAGUGAAUACACACACACAGAAGAAUGUGUUUUCAUCCAGCAAGGUUCUUUCAGCUGAAACAGGCCUGCAAAGUAGCUGGCAAAAGCAUCAUUGUAACAAGUUAAAUUCACAGGAUCUGUGGCCUAAUCAGAGUACAUCUAUUUCUAAUUCAGGCACAAACUGUAUCCUGUCUGCUGCUGUUAACUCUAACAACUCAGCUGUUAAACUUAAUUCAACAAGAACCCCUGAAGCAGAGGUAAUUUCUAACCACAAACCAACUGUGUACAAGGAGAUAGCCACUGUCCCCGCUCAGCAUAGCAAGGAGAACUUCCUGGAUGAAGACUUGGACGCCUUCUUCUUGUCAGACUCAGUCUGGGGUGACCAGGAGGAUGAUGACAUGUUUCGUGAGGUGUGUGAAGACUUGGAGAGCCAAGCCCUAAGUGUGGAGAAGCCUCCGUCUGUCAGCUGCACACAAAAUGAGAGACCAGUGCUGGUGGCUUCACAAAGAGUCUGGGACAACACGAAUAAAGAGACUAAGGGCAGACAAUUGCAAACUAUUCUUACAGAUCCACAGUCAGCCGCUGGCAGAGGUGGUGCUUGUACACAGUCUUUUUCCAAAAAUGUAACAGCCAUUUCUUUAGUCUCUGGGCCAAGUGGACAAACCAGAAAUUCUUUUGCUGGAAAUGCUUCCUCUAACCACACUGUAAGGAUACAGAGCAAUCCUGGAAAAGAGUCGAACAGAUAUGUGCAAGCCAGCAGUUCUUCUAGAACAAACAGUUCAGCCUGUCCAUCAGGCAGAGGAUUACAGUCAUCAGGAAACUCUGUCAAAAGUCAGAGUACCUUUAAGAGGCCCACAGGUUCAGUCAUCACAAUGACUAACAAAGCGCCAGGGAAAUGCUCUGCGGCAGAGAUCGAGCAGAAGAGACAGCAGGCCAUAGAGAGGCGGCGACAGAGGAUGCAAUUAUCACAGAACAUGAGGGCACCCACCUGAGGGCGAUGAACUGCAUUGAAGGCAAACUAAUUUAGGCCAGUUUUAUUGUUUUAUCAAAUAAGAUGAACCCUCAGCUGUGGAUGCACUACUUGGGGCCCCAGAUUGUCAUUGAUGUCUAUCAAAUCUGACCCUGUAUUCACAACAAAGUGUAGCGUUACAAUUAUUGUAUUUCAAAUGUGAAAACGUGAGCAUGGGUUUUCCUAGGACUUAACUUUACUGUUUCCCAUUAACUUUUUUUUUCUUAAAAAAAACAACUAAAAGCAAGCUCCUAGUCAUCAUGUAAGAACAGCUGUGACCUUUGAGAUGGUGCAUGUCUCACUUUAGAAUAAGCCUGUUUAUAAAUACAUCUUUGUCCUCAAGUUAAAGCUGCUAAAAUUAUGGGAAGACUUGCUCUCUUUUGGACCAUCAUUACAGGAAGACAGAAACACUACUGCCUCCUCUCAACAAGUUCGCUUUUCUCCUACAUUUCUGUUUAUUAUUGUCUGAAUUUUUGCUAAGCACUUUGUCAUACUCUUACUGUUUUUGAAAAGUACUGCAAAUAAA